AAAUUUUGCUCUUUCAGGCUGCGCAACAGCUUGGUGCAAGCAAAUGCUCAGACAUGGCAGAGCAUCGAAUCAGCGAUCGAGAAAGAUGUUCUGAGGACAGACAGGCAGCACCCGUUCUACGAAUCCACGGAAAACUUAGAAACGUUGCAGUAUAACAAAUCAAUUCUUAUGUUCGCUUCAUGGCGUUGCAUGUCUGACUUGUUGGCGCCUUUGCUGACAAUUAUUCAAGAAGAGUCAUGCGCAUUCUGGUGUUUUGCUGGUUUGAUGCAAGGAACGGUAUACAUCAACGCUGCUAGGAACAGAAACAAUAUGGAAAGAAAUGUGGAAUACCUUCGAGGCCUACUUCGAGUUACGUACGGUGAAUUUUACGAAUAUCUGGAGGCGUUCGGAGGUGACAGCCUACAGCUGUUGUUCGUCCAUCGGUGGAUACUGUUAUGCUUCAAGCGUGAAUUUCCCGAAGAAGAUGUGCUGCGUAUCUGGGAGACGUGUUGGACGAACUACGGCACGCUUUAUUUUCACAUUUUUGUCGCCCUCGCCAUCAUCACCGUUUAUGGAAAAGAGCCGCUAAGGCAGAGAAUGACCCACGAUGAAAUACUUCUCUACUUCAGCUCAUUGUCGAUGCACAUGAAUGUCGACGUGGUUUUAAAGAAGGUAAGUGGACUCUUCCUCUCGUAA